GCACAAUAAGGUCAACGAAAACUUGGCAUUGGGCCACGGAGAAAUGCAAUCGGAUACACCUCCAGAUGUACGGCAAGUCAAAUUAGAUGCAUUUUCAUGUCAUGGCUCUAAUGUUAGUUUAUUAAGUAAACGUAGUAAAGUUAGCUCUAGGAUUACCUUAGCAGAGUUAAAAGAAAGGCAAUUAUUAGAAAUGAGGGACUUGAAAGAUAGACAGAGGAAACAACUACUGUGCUUUCAGAGAGAGUUUGGGUCGUUAAGGCUGAACAAAAGCACGUGUAGCAAAUUAUCUUCUGUUUCUAACUGUGAUGACAGAGAAAAGGAGUACGUUCACAGGUUCGUAAGUCCUUCUCAUGACCUUAGGAUAAAGUCUCUAGAAAAGUCAAAACGGUUAGAUUAUCCAGGAACGAAGGAGAAAGUGACCUUGGAAUCUCUAAGUGUAGGUCAUGAACUUCCAACAGUAGAGCACGAUGCCUACUUCGAUGAAAGUUAUAAUAUUGUUCCUUUACCUAGAGGAGUGGCUGAGGAAGACAUUGCUACCCCUGUUAUUGGCAAUGAGUCUGGUAUGUGUAAAGCUGGCUUCACCAAAAAUGAUGCUCCCAUAGCCGUAUUACUCCCUAUUGUUGGAAGAACUAGACAUCAAGUGACUGUGGAAAUGGAUGGAAAGGACAGUCAUGUGGGAGACGAUGCUCGACCGAAACGUGUUAUCCUGACACUGAAGUACCGAAUUGAACAUGGUAUUGCGACUAAGUGGGGUGAUAUGGAGAAGAUGUGGUACCACACAUUCUACAAAGGGUUGCGAGUGGCAACAGAGAAACAUCCGGGGUUGUUGAGAGCAGUUUCAUUGAACCCGAAGGCAAACUGUGAGAUGACAAGGAUCAUGUUUGAGAGUUUUAAUACACCAGGUACGUGUGCUGCUACUCAAACGGUGUUGUCGCUAUGUACACUAUGUACAACUGGUAUAGUGUUGAACUUAGGUGACGGUGUGACCCACACAGUUCCGAUUUAUGAAGAUUAUGCGUUGCCUUAUACUGUUUUGCGAUUGGACUUUGCUGGUAGGGUUCUUGCCGACUUUAGGAUGAAGAUCCUGACUAAGACAGGUUGCAGUUCCUCUGUCUAUUCGUGGAACAUACUCAGGCGCAAACCACCGGACAUCGUUUUACUCUAUAGUAAGUCUAGAGUGGCACCUAUAAAACAGGCAACUGUGCCUAGACUGGAACUAACAGCGGCAGUAUUGAGUGCUAGAAUGGGGGAAGUUUUAAAUAAGAACCUUCCUCAUGUGUUUGACAAGACUCACUUCUCGAUGGAUUCUAUGAUAGCACUGUACUAUAUAAAAAAUACAGAUAGUAGGUAUUCCACCUUCGUGGCUAAUCGUCUGGCCGCUAUUCGUCAUUUAACAUCUGUGGACCAGUGGGGGCACGUAGAAUCCCAUGAAAAUCCUGCUGACUGGACAUCACGAGGCAUACGGAAGGAGCUAGAUUUAAAGAACUGGAUUGAGGGUCCUUCCUUCUUAUGGAAGAAAGAGUCUGUAGGAACACUGACGCUUAUGUGCGAAAACCCCCCGGAAAAUGUUGAAUUUAAAAGAUGCCACACGACCAACGCAGUUGCGCUAAAACAUAGCUCAAGUCCAAUUCUGCUAUAUCACUCAAAUUGGAUAAAGCUGAUUAAAGCGGUAGCAUGGCUCAGAAGAUACGUGAUCUAUGUAACCAUCAUGUACUCCCAUCACGAUGACAGGUCCCUAAGUGUGGGCUAUCUGUCAGUUGAUGAAUUGGAUGCAGCUAAACACAAGGUAUUAGCCUUAGUGCAAAAGGGAGUGUAUGGGGAAGCAGUUAAAGUGUCUCGAUAUAGUGGCGUAAGCGCAACUGUUAUAAAAGAGCUAAAAAAUCUUUCACCUACGCUAGUCGAUGGAUUGCUUUGUGUUGGCGGACGAUUAAAUUACUCGGAUUAUCCACUCUCAAUCAGACAUCCGGCAAUUUCACCCAGUCAUCACUUCGUAACAGAACUUAUUAUUAGACACCAUCAUCACCUAGAAGGUCACACCGGGACAUCACAAGUGUUAGCUACCAUACCACGAAAUUAUUGGAUUGUUAAAGGAACCAGUGCAGUUAAACGAGUGAUAGGUAGAUGUGUGAGGUGUAUACGCGCGAAGGCCACAUUAGGCCAACAGAUGAUGGCACCUCUCCCCAAGUGUCGAGUGCAGCAAGGCUGGUUUUGCUUCUCCUCCGUCGGGAUAGACUAUUUUGGGCCGUUGAUAGUGCGUCGGAGAAGAAGUGAGGAAAAAAGAUAUGGAUGCCUAUUCACGUGUCUCCAAACACGUGCCGUACAUUUGGAAGUAGCUUUCAAUUUGAGUACUGAUGCUUUUAUAAUGGCUUUAAUACGUUUCAUAGGAAGGAGAGGAACUCCUAAUGAAAUCUAUAGCGACAAUGGAACUAACUUUGUCGGGGCCACUUCCGAAUUACGGGCUAAUAUGAGUGUGUGGAACAAGCAUAGAAUAAACGACUUAACAGUAUCGAAGGGUAUACGCUGGCAUUUCAACCCCCCACUAACUAGCCAUCGGGGCGGAGUUUGGGAGAGGUUAAUACGGUCUGUUCGGGGGAUCUUACUAUUUAUUUCCAACGGGCAAAUAUUACACGAUGAUAGUUUGGCAACUUAUUUUGUGGAGGUAGAACGAAUUUUAAACAACCGCCCAAUCGUUCCUGCGACGUCAGAUGAAAAGGAUGAUUUGGUGCUCACGCCAAACACUUUGUUAUUACUAAGAGACAGUGAUGGUGCGAAUGAGAGGUGUAGUAAGAAGAGAUGUGCGAAAGCUCUGCCUUCUAGAGGGAGCCGAGUAAUUGUGGAUUGUAGCUUAGGUUUAUGGAUGUACAGGCGUACUGUUGUAAGUCCUGUGCCUCCCAUUGAUAUAGAGCAGUUAGUAAGGAGAGCCAUGACAGAAAUGUAUUCUAAGGUGUCUUUGCGUAGCUGGAGGGAUUUUGGGGGCCGGUGUAACGGAAAAAGAACAGUGAAAAUCCCUCUGCAGCUUCUUUGUUGAACAGUAUUUUCAUUUAUUUGUUCCUUCUCUCUUUUGUGUAUUCCAACCUUUGUUUCGACCUCGUUUAACCAUGUCUUUUGUUCUUCAGUCUUCCCCGUUUGAGCCUUUAUUAUGUGAUUUUGAUUAAAGACUUAUUUUUGUUACCUAAUUUUCUAUUGCAUGUUGCCGGACCAUUGACAGUAAGGUUGUGUUUGACUAAGCUCAAGGUCACGGCGUGGUUCAUUUUGUGACUGUUAACCCUCUGACUGUCUGCUUGGGAGAAUUGCUGCAAUCCCUGCAGAUAGAUAUUUGAUCCCAUCUUAUUGGGAAUAUUUGUAUUGAUUCUCAGGUAUCAAACCCUUUAGUAUUAACUGUCUCUUUCAUUGUUUAGCGCGCUACUUUGCGUUAGAGAAACUUCUGACUGUAUAGCACAGGCUGUACCGUUUGAGGUAUUUUGUAUUUUUGAUGUAAUUUGUUCUGUUUUCUUAAUUAGAACCGUUUAUAUUGAGCACAGAGUUUGUGUUUUGAUAUAAUAUAAUACGAGUAUCUC